GGGAGAUGAGAUUCAACCACCGCAGGAGCACCCAGAGUGGACCGGGGAGGAAACUUUGUGAUCAGGCUGAAAAAACCUGCUGAACUGGGGAUUAUCUGCGGGACAUGGACGGGUUGGUCUGAGCGCAGUUUUGCACAAUCCCGGUGUGUGCGCCAGCUGCGGAGCGGACCGCGCACUGCGACUCCAGGCGGCUCCGAAGGAAACCAUAUCUGGUCAAAGUAUUCGUUGCUGUCACCCAGCGGGACGCACCGGCUAUAAAUAGCAUUGGAGGAGGUCUCUGCGUUUUCCAGAAGGGCUCCAGGCACUUGGCUGCCUCUGCUGAUAUUAGACUCCUUUACUGGGGGUCACUGAGUUGUUUCCUUGCAUUGAUCUACGACAGGACGUGUGAGGCUUCUGAUCUCCUGAAGUUUUUAUUUCUCACUUGGAGGGGUUAAUAAGGUGUGCUGUCCAUCAUGUCGGUGUUGAGGAAGGAGAUGGAGAAGUACAGGGAUAUAGACGAGGACGAGCUACUGAAGAAACUCUCAGAGGAAGAGCUCCAGCGGUUAGAAGAUGAAUUAGAGGAGCUGGAUCCUGACAAUGCAUUGUUGCCGGCUGGUAUGCGGCAGAAGGACCAGACAAAGAAAGCUCCGACAGGAACAUUUCAGAGAGAUAACCUCCUGGCCCAUCUGGAGAAACAAGCCAAAGAGCAUCCUGACAGAGAAGACCUGGUGCCGUUCACUGGGGAGAAAAGAGGGAAAGCCUGGGUGCCUAAAAAAAUUGUGGACCCCAUGAUUGAGAAUGUGACCCUGGAGCCGGAGCUGGAAGAAGCCCUUGCUAGUGCUACGGAUGCUGAACUCUGUGAUAUCGCAGCCAUCCUGGGUAUGCACACACUUAUGAGUAACCAGCAGUACUACGAAGCCCUGGCCAGCAGCACCAUAGUGAACAAGCAAGGCCUCAACAGUGUGAUCCAGUCCACCCAGUAUAAACCAGUCCCUGAUGAGGAGCCUAACGCCACUGAUGUAGAGGAGACGCUGCUGAGAAUAAAGAGGAAUGACCCUGAGCUGGUGGAGGUCAACCUUAACAACAUCAGGAACAUCCCCAUCCCGACUCUGAAGGCGUACGCAGAGGCUCUGAUCAAAAACACAGUGGUGGAGAGGUUCAGCAUCGUAGGAACCAGAAGCAAUGAUCCCGUUGCAUUUGCCCUGGCAGAGAUGUUGAAGGUCAACACAACACUGAAGAGCCUGAAUGUUGAAUCCAACUUCAUCACAGGGACAGGAAUCCUGGCACUUGUAGAGUCUCUGCAACUUAACACUACACUACAGGAGCUGAAGAUAGAUAACCAGAGCCAACCAUUAGGCAACAAGGUAGAGAUGGAGAUAGCCAGCAUGUUGGAGAAAAACACCACACUCUUGAAGUUUGGCUACCAUUUCACCCAGCAGGGACCGCGCCUCCGAGGCUCCAACGCAAUGAUGAACAACAACGACUUGGCACGGGUCGUCAGGUCAGAGUCAGACGGAUCCUUCACCCUCACUUUGUCCGUCCCAGAGCUGGAGAGAGCCUUCGGGAAAAAGUUCAAGCCUAAGACUAAUAAGAAAGAGAAGGCUUGAGGGAGGACCCAUCUUCCCCAAGUGUCGGACAAAUGUGUAGAAACCAGGGCUAUCUUCAACCCUCUGUUUCCCCUCGACUCCUACCAGCUUUCCAAAGCCCCUUCUAUAAUCCUUCUCAGCGACCUACUGUACCUAAUGUCCCGUGACGUGAACAUCACAUUAAGUUCAAUUGUUUGGGGUUCAGUUGUUAAUCUUUGAACUCUUUUACUUUUCAGCCUCUUAGAUCUGAUGAGAUUAGUCAUCCAUCCGAGCUGUCAGUGCAUGCAGAAAGUGAGAUUAUGUUCUUAUUUUCAGUGCUCUGAAACUUUUGUUUUGACAGUUUAUGUAACUCUUUGUACAAACUCACAAAAACAGUGCAAAUCUUGAAUCCCAUACUGGGUCCCUACAUGUCUUGAUUCCUUAAUAGGGGGGCUGGAGGACUGGUUUUAAUGUGGGCUCAUUUGGAAGGUGAAGGGCAACUUUUAGCAAAGUGUUUUUAUUGUUGAGUUGAAUGGAUUCUAAUUAUUAAUAGUGUUGUAAAUGAAUUGUGUUGUCCUUUUACUGUUAUCCUCCUUUUCUCUGUCAAUGUUGAAUUUUCAACAAAAUAAACAACAAAGCUAAUGUUCCAAUUUAAAAAAAAAAAAAAAACUAUCACGUCAGAUUCUGAUGUUAUAAUCUUCACCCUAAAAGUAUCCUUAAAUACAUAAAUAUACAGAUUGUUCAGUAAGUUAAAGCUGGCUACUGUGCGAUUUGUCACUAUAUAACAUAUUUAUUAGUGACAGACCUGGGAAAGAGGCAGGAGCCAUUCAAAUACUUUACAUCAUACAUCAUAUAGAUUGACGGUGCUGGAACAUGUAAUAACUUGUGUAAAAACUGCUGUAAAUGAAAAUGUACACUCUAAUUACAUUUGACGCUGUUCCGUUACCCAACAUUAAUAUUACCUGUUUGAGCACAGAGCAUUCCUGCUAGCUGGGGAUGACUGCUGCUUAUUUGUAUUUACUAAAAUAAAGACAAACCCACAAUAAGAUAUAUUUCUCAUCUAGUGUGUGUAGCAUUUCCGCUAUAGAUUGCAAGCAUCAUUCUGUGCAUUUUUACACAUUCAAUUUUGUUGUUUGCGAAGCCUCAGUUAAACAAACUGUGAGUGUUUGAAUCGACCUCUGUUACAUCUUAAACCAGGUUUGGUAAGAGUUUGUGUUUGUUUGUUUUUUAUUUACUGGAGCUAAAAUGUGUGGUUAAUAUGAAAUGUAUGGUACUUGUUCACUGUUUCACCUUAAAUCGUCAAUCCAGGUUUGCAGAAAUGGAUGAAAUUUUUAACGUCUUUAACAUCUUGUAGAGCCUAUUGAAGUAGAUACUGCAAUUCAGCAUGUAUCUGUAACAUGGUAAUAGAGGUGUAAUAAACAGGUAGUAAUGAAGUAAUUACUAGGUAUUACCACCAGCAAUAACUAUUAAAAAUUAAACA